UGCUGUGGGGGAGUCUGUGCAGGCGGUAGCACACACGUGUCUAUGUGCUUGUGUGUGUGUGUGUUUAUGUAAACAGCUUUCUUACCUUCUGUGUUUUUUCAUGUUUUGAGACGAGCCAGCUGCACUUCUGAAAAAGCAUCUACAGGGAUAGCUGCACCUGAGCUACAGGGCUGAUUCCUAAUUGAAAUUUGGCCAAGGAAGCCUCUCUUCCUCUACACGCUAUUCCCCUGUCACCGGCCUGCCACAUCCUGCCCACACGCCAGUCAGCAUCUGAAGGUGGCUCUACAGUGACAUCAGCACCCCCUGGUGCAGUGGAGGCCCUGGCAGGAUUCUUAUCCCGCCCAGCUGAAGGCUCUCGACUCUGGGGAAAAGAUGGAGCAGGAUCAGCCUCCCUUGGAUGUCCCAACAACAUUACCAUUGAACCACAUAAAUGCUGAAACACUCAUACCCCUGCACAUAGACAGAGAGGAUGGAUCUGCCAACUCUACUUCAGAGCAUUCCCUAAGCCAAUCAGAGCAGGAGACUGACAGCUUGCAUGGCAAGGGAAGCCCUGUCCCGGAGGAGCAGAGAGCAGACAGCGAGUGUGUGAUCUCAUCAUCAGAAGAUAUGCCUUCCUUUGCGGACACACCCACUGCAUCAUCUCUGGUUACCGGGUCUAUAGAUUCCCUCCAAUCAGAGAGCCUGGAGGCACAGGGAACACACUCCCCUUCACAGGACACCCCACCCCUUCAGUCAGCUCAAGCAGGAGGUGAUGAAGACAGGUGUUUUCCAAACAUACACCCGAGCACACACACACACCUCAUUGCAGGUGGAUCACCCAAGCGCACUCACACACACGCGUGGGUGCAGCAACAGCAGCAGCAGCUGUCACACAGACUCUCACACUCCUCCAUUUUGCCCAAAAAUGGCACGACAACUGACAAAGAGGAGGAGGAGGAGGAGGAGUUUGAUUCGCUGGCCAAGGAUUUUGACCAAUCAAUGGACCAGCUCAACCAACUCAUCCUGGACCUGGACCCAGAGUUCGAACCCAACCCAGCCCCUACACGAUGUCACAUGACCCGGUCAGCUUCUCUCUACGCCAGUGGGGUUAGCCGAAACUCCCCCUCACCAGGUUUUAUGUAUAGGCAGGCCAGUGAUGUCACCGAUUACCCAGGAUUCCAUAGUCCAGUGAAUGAUUUCACCCAUGUGGUCCAUCACUCCCCACUAUACUCGCCAACUUUUUCACAGCGAGGGGCACUGUAUCACAGUGACAGCAUUGAUUAUGGAAACCAUUCUCCUUUGAUGGACAGUCCACCGUGGGUUGGGCCUGACCAUGCCCCUUCCACACCAGCAUUUCCUGUGUCUCCACCCACUCCAUACGACUCCCGGGGGUUUUUGGACAUGCACACCAGUGUGACGCACACACACACACACACACACCCUCACACCCACUCGCCCUCGGCCUGUGUUGACGCGGGCUCGCUAAGCCCUGCCUCCCACCAGCGGAUGAUUGGCUCACUACGUUCUGUCUCCACCCCCAGCCCACUGUCUCAUAACCACAGCCUGUCUCCGUUGAGGGGUUGGGAUGAAGUGUCUGAGCCCUCCCUGUUCCUGAGCCCCCCUGUCACACACACACACAUAUCUCCCCACGCACCCCUGUCCUCUCAGAGUGUGAGCGUGGAGCCCAGCCUUCUGGAGGCGGUGGAGGGGUUCGGAGCGCUGGCACUAGGGGAGGCUCCACCCAUCCUGCCCCAGAAGAGGAGAGGGGCGGAUGGGGCAGACACAGGCCUGGGCUUCCUUCUCAACGGCAGUAGCUGCAGCAGCAGCCCUGAACUACUUGGGAGUAGGCAGGACUCUGUGAAGUUUGUCCAAGAUACCUCUAAAUACUGGUACAAACCUGACAUCACAAGGGAACAGGCCAUUGCCGCUCUGAAGGACCGGGAGCCUGGCUCAUUCAUCGUUCGAGAUAGUCACUCAUUCAGAGGAGCGUAUGGAUUGGCCAUGAAGGUGGCCACACCCCCUCCUUCUGUCCUACAGCAGAGCAGGAAAGCUGGGGAUCUGUCAACUGAGCUGGUGAGACACUUCCUGAUUGAAUGCACACAAAAAGGAGUUAGACUGAAAGGCUGUCCAAAUGAACCCUACUUCGGAAGUCUCACUGCCCUAGUGUGCCAACAUUCCAUCACUCCAUUAGCCCUCCCCUGCAAGCUCAUCAUCCCAGACAGUGAUCUGUUAGAGGGCUUGUGCGAAUCCCUGCCUGAGACGGCCACCAACUCAGCAGCUGAGCUGCUCAAACAGGGAGCAGCAUGUAACGUGUGGUUCCUCGGCUCUGUUGAGCUUGAGUCGCUGACUGGUGUACAGGCCGUGCAGAAAGCCGCGACUGUCACUCUGGCUUUCAGCCCGCCCCCAACCUCCACCAUCGUCCACUUCAAAGUGUCCGCCCAGGGAAUCACACUCACCGACAACCAGAGGAAGUUGUUCUUCAGAAGGCAUUACCCUGUGAACACAGUCAUAUUCUGUGCUCUGGACCCUCAAGAGAGAAGAUGGGCAAAAGAUGGCUGCGCAGAUGCCAAGAUCUUUGGCUUCGUGGCGCGUAAGAGCAGCACGAGCGUAGAGAACGUGUGUCACCUGUUUGCAGAGCACGACCCCGAGCAACCCGCCAGCGCCAUCGUCAACUUUGUCUCCAAAGUGAUGAUCGGCUCGCAGAAGUCCAAGUAGCCAAGUGGCACGCACGCACACACACACACACACAAACACAUAAACACACACACAGACACACAGACACACAUGCAAACAAAAACACAAAACUCACGUUUGUGACAUUGUGUGAAGGAACAGAGAAGUGCAUAUACAGUAUAGUGUACAUUUGGGUGAACACAUUCACUUCAGUUCCCAGUUUCUAUAUGAAAUAAUAUGAAAUGCUGUAACAACUCAAUAAUAGGAAUAACAGAACCAAUAACAUGGCAUUGCAUGUAUAUACUGUAGCACUUACACCAGCGGUCUAACAGUCUUUCCACAUAUGCAAUUACACACACACACACACACAUAAACACACAUACACACACACACAAACACACACACACACACACACACCUUCUGUGCCCUGUCAAAACGAGGUGAUGAAUGUUAUUCUCAUACUGUACUGUGUAUUUGCAUCAAUGUGUAGAUAUGUACUGAACAGCACUAGCCACUCUCAUGCCUCAGUGGGACUAACUGACAGAGACCCAGAUUGCAGUUCCUGUGUCUCUGGAUUAGACCUGGCCAUGGUUUGCCACAUAUCCAGCAAAUCUAGGCCAGAUUAGGUCCAGCACUGCUGUUACAUGGGUAGAUUGAGUGGACAUGCAGAUUGUGCUCUCUCUGCUCAUGUCUGAUGGUGUAUAUUAGUGUAUCCUUCUGAGGUCUGACCAUUUUCUUUAUUAAAAAGAGUUCUGGCAUCCUUAUAAUGGUCAUUUGACUAAUGACUGACCCAUAGAUUUAACAAAGAUGUACAUAAAGUAUCAUUUACUUAACGUUUUUAUGUGAUAUAUGAAAUAAACCCUCAAUCUAU